AUGAGCUCAAAUAUUAGAAUCAAUUUACAGUCGAGGAUAGCGGAAUUGGAUUCUGUGUUAUCCCAGGCAGCAACGAAACAAGGGCAGCAGCAGCCACAGCAGCAACAACAACACAAACCCUCCCUCUCCUACUCCCACACAUCCUCUUCUCAUCGUUUCAACCACAAACCUCGCCCUCCACGCCACAUGAAUAUGUCCCUCACUAACACUAACACAAACCCCGCAGAUCCCUCUCAACCCCCCUCCUGGAUCUCUAGGAAAUCUGCAAACAUGUCUCUAGUCUCCUCCAAUUCCCUUGAAAAGUCUAAGUCCUUAUAUGCUACAAAGCAAUCUCAAAAAGCUGCAAAGAAAGCUGGUAAAAGGUCGAAACUCGCGAAAACAUCCAAACAACAUCAAUCCAUCACAAAGGACGGUCGUAGACAUAUCAUCAUCGACAACGUUCCUUUCCAAUUCGACGAUUCCGGUGCUAAACUUGUCAAAGUCAAUAAAGACGAUUUGCUUUCUUUCGACGACGAUCCUUCACACAACCCUCGUGAAAAUCUCGUUGAAACCGCUAGCAAUACCCCUAAGAAAAUGACCAUCGACGGCACUAACUAUGUUAGAACAAAAUCAGGCAACUUAGUUAGGGAUGUGUUCGCAAAGAGACGCUCCGAUGAUUUAAUCAAAGCAAAGCAACAAAGGCUUGAUAAAAUGACUAGUAUGCUUGGCACCGUACAGAAAUCCCGUAAUCUCGCUACACUCAAUCGCAAACCUCCACACAAAAAAGAGAGCUUGUCAGAGGAACAGAAGUUGUCUUUCGGUAGAAAAAGAUGUCCUACUUUCACAAAGUCUGGAAGAUGCUCCAAAGUUCUACAUUGUCCAUAUCUUCACGAUAGCGCAAAGACUUCAGUAUGUCCUCACUUUCUGAGGAAGAGAUGCAGGAACAGUGAUAGUACAUGUCCGCUAUCUCAUAGUCCAUCUCCACACAACAUGCCUCAUUGUUCUCACUUUGAAUCACCUAAUGGAUGUAGAGCAGGUGAUAAGUGCAUCUUCUCUCAUGUCCACCUCAGUAAAGACGCACCUGUCUGUCGUGAUUUUGCUGUAUUAGGGUAUUGCGAUAAAGGUGCAGACUGCGACAAUAGACAUGUUCGCGAAUGUCCUGAUUACUCAGAAAAUGGUGACUGCAAGAACCCUUCAUGCAAACUGCCUCACAUACUCAAAUCUGAAGCUAAUAAGGCUGGUGAUAUUGAAGAAAGCUAUUCAGCCAAGCGUAAAGAGGUGAAUGCUGGUGCUGAUGAUGAUACUGAACAAAGGACAUCAGAUCAUGAUGCACCAAGGAAAAAAUUCAAGAGAAGAAAAUCCAGUACUGAUCACCUUACUCAGCAAUCUGACUUUGUUACUUUUGAUGAUAGCGAGGUAGGUUCCUCAGUUUCUUCAGGCGAUAGUGACGAUAGUGAUCAAGAGUCUGUUAACUCGGAUGAUUUUGAUCUCAAUAAUGAGUCAAUCCCACUGUAUUAG